GAUGUGACAUCCCCCAAAUAAGAUUUAUGUCAACAUUUCAACAUUGUCAACGUCGCGGUGGUAUUUUAUUAUUUACGGGAUUGUAUAGAAAUUAAAACAAAAUAUAUGUUAAAUGUAAUGUUUUCUUUUAUAUAAGUGUUUUACCUUAAAAUAUGAAUACCUCUGUAGAAGGAAUUAUCGUAAACAAUUGUCAAUACGCCCCGAUUUACUUGAUACAAGAUCCUGGCGCCACUCAGGGGAAUACUUAUGUCCUAACUUCAAGUAAUGUAGAACCACCCAAACCUGUUAGUAAUAACCUGAAAACAUUCUACGAAAACAGUGGAAAUAUCGAGAAUGGAAUAAUAAACACAGAGACCGGCGUAAGGCCCAAUGCGAUCAAAAAGAAAGAGAGCGUAUUGAUCAGGAACAAUUUAAAACUGGCUAGUUUUUUGUUGCCGAAAACCGAAAAUAAUGUAAAUAAAUAUGUAGUAGAUAACAUUGUUUUGAAACCUACCAUCACCACUACCACUACCCCAAGCAACCCAGUACCAGUAAACCAUCAUCCAGUGAACACAGUACCAAAAAUAGAUAUUGAUAGAAAGAUAGUGAAACUCAAAGAGGUCCCGAUCAUCAAUAGACAUCGGCCUGAGAAAGUUUUGCCAAAGAUUAAACCAAAAGAUAAUACACCCAGCCCCACACAAUCCAAACACACAUCAGUGCAAUUAAUAAAAUUAGGAGAAACUUAUCAUAGCUUAAACCACUUGAGCGAUGAACAGAUAAAGAUGGUGAACCAGGCAUUGAAAAUGUUCAAUGAUCCUGAUAAAUCAGUACCGGAACCUACUUACGAUCCUGUAACCAACACUAAAUAUAUUUACAAGGUUGUAUCACCAAAAGAUUUGACAGUUGUUGCUAAAAAGAAAAUCAUAUUAAAAGAUAAGAAGAAUCACACUAAAAUCCCUAAGAAAAUAGAAGAAAAAAUCGUGAAGCCAGUGAUCCAUAAAGAAGUUCCUCUUAAAAAAGAAGUUAUCGAAGAAGAGGUUGAACCACCCGCUGAGGCAAAAGUCACAAGGAGUGGCCGAAAAGUGAAAUUACCCAAACAGAUAUUACCUGAAGGAUCACCACAAAAAACUAAGAAGAAAAGUGGAACUAUUGUCUCUUGUUUCCAGUGUUCUGCUGAUUUCGGCAGUUUAUACCGCCUCCAAAAACAUUACGAAAAUCAUCCAACACACAUACCUGCAAAAAUUCAUUCCAAUUUAUUCCACUGUCUACUGGCGAUUAUCAAGAGCGGGUCAGAAGGCGACAAAACCAAUAUUUUCAUUCAGCAGUUGGAGCAAUUAAUUGUGAAACUGAAAUCAUUGCUGCCUUGUUUAUUGAAGAAGGUAGAUGGGACAGAUGGGAAACCAUGUACCAUUAAUGAAGAUAUUGGCAGAUUAUUUGGCAUGAAUCCCGGAAAAUACAACAUUGAUGUGGAAGCUUUAAACUGUGUCAAAGACAAAGAUGGGUUCUGUAUCCACAAUCCCCCAAAAAUCAAUGCAUUUAACAAAGAUCAAAGUAAGCCCAUCCAAUAUUUACUGAAACAUGCAGAUUCACAAAUCAUUGAUAAUGAAACAGAAAACUGUGCCAGAAUCAAUUCUGUUGCUAAAUGGCCAACUGUUAGCAAAAGGAUUUGGAAGCUCAAACAAAAAACACAUGAACAAAGUGCAAAAAAAAUGAGACUGAAAUCUGAGGGAGACACCCUCAUCGAACUGGGAACAGAAGACUUUAUAUUUCCUAAAGAAACCGAGAACAAUGUUAUACAAGUACCAAGUGUUGUAAGUGUUAUUCCCGAAAAUAACGCGAACACAGCAAACAUGAUUGUUGAAAAUAAUGUUGCAAAAUUGCUGGAAGAUACACAAGACGGCGAUAUAAACUGUCAACCUGUAACUGAGCCGCAAACUGAUAAUAUAAUCAUUGGCGAACUUAAUAAACCGAAAACAAACUACGUGCAAUUCCACAGUGCACACUUUGAUAUACGAUCAUCCCCAAUAAAACCAACAUCCACAGUUUUUCGCAAAUUUCAGAUCAAUCCCAGCAAAAUGGCCAAUUAUGAUUCACAAGUUAUUCGUUCUUUGGAGAUGGUUAACAAGGGCAACAAAAGCGUUACUUUAGCAAGCCCUGAUAGAGAUCUCAAUGUUGCUAUGCAAAACUCUGAAAGCAAUUUAAAUCUUCAGGAGACAGAUAAUCAAUCCGUUAUUCCGAAUUCGAACAAUGAUUUACAUGUUACAAUGGCGAGCAGUUUACUAGAUACGUUAACACAUACAGAUAGUGGACAGCAUGUUACUAUACCAUGCUCAACUAAUGGCUUACUGUUACAUAAAUCUCUCACAAAAUCAAAUAAUCGGCUAGUUGUUUCGAUGCCUAAUCCUGAUACCAGACUUCAUGUCAACAUGUUAAAUUCGAAUAAUGAUUUGCAUGGUACAAAAGCUAAUUCUAUAAACGAUUUGCACGACGACAUGGCUAACAACAGAUUACAUGUUACAACUUCAAAUUCUAACGGUUUACAUAUGAGUUUGCCUGAUGCUCAUACCAGUUUACAUGUCAGUAUGCCAAAUAGCGAAAAUGGUUUGCAUGUACCAAUGCCUAGUUCUAAUGGUUUACAUUUGACAUUACCAAGUUCAGAUGAGAAUUUACGCUUGACCAUACCAACUUCCAAUGACAGUUGUGAUGUGAAUAUAUCAAACACAGAUAGUUUACAUGAUCUCUUCAAAGACGAUGUUGAUUUAUCAUGUAAAGAUACAGAUGUGAUAGACCCUGUUCUAAAAGAUUGGAUUAUAAGUACAAGUGAGAAAUCAGAGGAUGGUUUUUCAAAGUCUAGUGGUCUGAUUGAGCCAGCAUUGUUGCAUGUCAGAGAUAGUGAGGAUAAAUCAUUAGAUUCACAUAAAAAUGUUAACCCUUGCGAUGAUAUGCCGUCAUUGGACUCAUCUGACAAUCGCCUUCUAUCAAGUCAAGGUGAAUCAGUAUUAAACUUCUUAGAUACAUUAGGCAAUGACUUAUACCCAGAGACUGAGAUUAGAAAUAAUGGUGUGGACUUCCAAUUGGACCUGUUCACAUUCAAUCAUUCAUAGUAUAUUAGAUAUAAGAACAAUAUUAGUAUUAAGGACUUAUUAGAAAAAAUAUUUUAAGUAUAUUUUUAGAAAAAUAAUAGAUUUGUACUUACAGU